CUAACUUCGUUACCAGAAAGACAGUGUUACACAUAUCUGCAACUUAUGUUAUACUGCUGAGGAGUACACGAAAUCAAACAUUAUUGAAAUAUAUAGUUUCAUCAUGUCCUGGAAUAAAUUGUCUAUUUAAAAAAUCAGCCCUAUUUUGACCUUUAUGCUUAUAUGUGAUAUUACGCACGUUCGGCUGUAGAAACAAGUGGAACGCUUCCUGAACUGUCAAGUGCAAUGGUCAAGGGGAGGUAACUCUCAACUUAUAGCCCCGCAGUUCAUGGCCGCAGAACUGAGGAUUUCUAUGUCUAGUUAACAAAAAGAACGAAUAAGAACCCGCUUGCGGGCAGUCAAUUCAAGAAAUCAGAUGUUGGUGGGAAGGCUUUGAUAAGCCCAACUGAAGGAGAUGAAGAUGAGGACCCUUUCAGCUUUAUGCGGUUGUGUGAAGCAACUGAUGUCACAGACUUCCAGGGUGUGUGCAGUACAGACUCUCCGUGUACCCCCAGUAGAUCUACUCCCCCUCAUCCCCUAGCACCCCGCCCUGCUCUGUCCCACACAGACACUACUCGAGCAGGUCAGAAGCCUACCAUGAUCGGCCGUACAUCCCGAGGCGGACCCUGAUGUACGUACCUGGACAUGAUGUGAAGAAGCUGCGGAAAGUGCCGAAGCUCGGAGUGGAUUGUGCUGUGUUGGAGUGCGAAGACGGAGUGGCUCUUAGUCAGAAGGCUGACGCUCGAGAGAACAUCCGUCAGAUGCUGGAUGAAGUGGACUUCUCAGGAGUGGACUGUGCUGUCAGAGUCAACUCUGUUUCCAGUGGUCUUGUUGAGGAGGACUUGAGGGUCAUCUUCAAGGCUGACAGACUUCCUCAAACGAUACUCCUGCCUAAAGUGGACACCGUAGAAGAUCUAACACAGUUCACUGACCUCCUGCAAUCUGUAACUGCUGACCGCAAGGACUACUGUCCAUACCUACUGACCUAUGUGGAGAGUGCCCAGGGCGUUCUAAACAUGCAGGAUGUCCUGCAGAGGGCCAGACAGUACUCCACACAAGGUGUGUUCUACAUGGACGGUGUCGUGUUUGGCUCAGACGACUUCUGUGCAGAUAUUGGGGCAGUGAGGACGACAGAUGCAAGGGAACUGACCUACGCCAGACAGAAGGUGGUCAUGGUGGCCAAGGCGUUCCGACUGCAGGCCAUUGACCUGGUCUUCAUCAAUAUCAAAGGCUGCUUGAAUAUUGAUGAAGGGGCAUUAAACAACACACAUGAAGGUAGAGAGAUGGACAGAGGGACACACAGACAUGCACCAAGAGAGGACAGUAUUAUUUUGCAAAAAUUAGUUUGCUAUGUAUGGAGAGGGGUGUUGGGAUAGCAUAGUGGUUAAGGCAUUUCCUUGUGACACCGCAGACCUGAGUUCAAUUCCCUGCACAUGUACAAUGUGUGAAGCUUGUUUCUGGUGUUACCUUUCGUGAUAUUCCUUGAACAUUGCUAAAAGCGGUGUAAAGCCUUCCCCACUCAUACAAGGAGAUGUAAUUCAGGCUUGUAACAGAUGUGGUCUCUCUCCAGACACAGAGUCUCUACGCCAUCAGUCGCUGGAGGGGGCUAGGAUGGGUUACACUGGGAAACAGGUCAUCCACCCCGGUCAGGUCUCCACAGUUCGAGAUGCAUUCACUCCCAGUGAGGA